AUGGACUCUCCAUCAAUGUUAACACCAACGGCAAAUGUACCUCGUGCAACAUCAUCAUCAUCAUUACCAUUUGUUCAUCGUUAUUAUAUACUUUUAAAAGCACAUUAUUUUCUUUUUUUUUCGGCAUUUG